GUACCCCGAAGGGUCCUGAGCACCACACACAUACACACGUGUGCUGUACGCUGUUACCAUGGCGGACCUACAGAUGAAACUGCUCCGUAAGAAAAUUCAGAAAAGAAAUGAAAAGAAUAAAGAGCGCAAAUUACUGAAGAAGUCGACAGGAGACGAGGAGGCCGCGAGUCUCACAGUCGACGCAAACGGACUGGAAGACGAAUGUUGUGAGGAACCCGCCGCUGCUGGUAAGACGAACACGGAACCCAAGAAGAAACGGGCGAAGAAGGUUGAGGGACCAGUGGAAGGGACCACCACUGAGGAAACUGCUUUGAAGAAAAAGAAAAAGAAGAAAAGGAAGCUUACUGACACUGAUGAACCUCCAGCUGAGAAGAAGAGCAAAACUGUGAAAGAAGCAGAUGAUGAUGAGGAGGAGGAGGAGGAGGAGGAGGAGGAGGAGGAGGAGGAGGAGGAGGAGGAGGAGGAGGUGGUGGCAGCAGGAGAACAGGCCACUGACACACCAGAGGAAGUUGAAGAUGAAGCCAGAGAGGAGGAUGAAGAAGAUGAGGAGGAUCAACCUGAAUUGCCAUCUGGACUAACAGGAGCAUUUGAGGACACAUCGUUUUCCUCCCUUGCUGCCCUGGUCAGUGAGCACACGCUGAAAGGAGUGAAGGAGAUGGGCUUUGAACACAUGACAGAAAUCCAGCACAAAAGUAUCCGCCCCCUGCUGGAGGGAAGGGAUGUUCUGGCUGCUGCUAAAACAGGAAGUGGUAAAACCUUGGCCUUCCUCAUCCCAUCCAUAGAGCUCAUCUACAAACUCAAAUUCAUGCCUAGAAAUGGCACUGGUGUAGUGAUCCUUUCUCCCACACGUGAGUUGGCAAUGCAGACGUACGGCGUGCUAAAGGAACUGAUGACGCACCAUGUGCACACCUACGGUCUGAUCAUGGGCGGCAGCAACCGCUCAGCUGAAGCCCAAAAGCUCGCCAACGGCGUCAACAUCCUGGUGGCCACACCUGGCCGUCUGCUGGACCACCUGCAGAAUACUCCUGGGUUCAUGUUCAAGAACCUGCAGUGUCUGAUUAUUGAUGAGGCCGACCGUAUCUUAGAGGUGGGCUUCGAGGAGGAACUGAAGCAGAUCAUCAAACUGCUGCCAAAGAGGAGACAGACCAUGCUGUUUUCAGCCACUCAGACCCGAAAAGUGGAGGACUUGGCUCGCAUCUCCCUGAAGAAAGAGCCCCUCUAUGUUGGGGUGGACGACAACAAAGACAAUGCCACAGUCGAUGGCCUGGAGCAGGGCUAUGUGGUGUGCCCAUCAGAAAAGCGCUUCCUGCUGCUCUUCACUUUCCUGAAGAAGAACCGCAAGAAGAAGCUGAUGGUCUUCUUCUCCUCCUGCAUGUCUGUCAAGUUCCACUAUGAGUUACUCAACUACAUUGAUCUGCCUGUUAUGGCCAUCCAUGGCAAGCAGAAGCAGACCAAACGGACCACAACAUUCUUCCAGUUCUGCAAUGCAGACUCAGGCAUCCUGCUGUGUACAGAUGUGGCAGCUCGAGGGCUGGACAUUCCUGAGGUGGACUGGAUCGUCCAGUAUGACCCCCCAGAUGAUCCCAAGGAAUACAUCCACAGGGUGGGCAGGACAGCCCGAGGCAUCAAUGGCAGAGGCCACGCCCUCCUGAUCCUUCGACCAGAAGAACUCGGCUUCCUGCGCUUCCUCAAACAGGCCAAGGUCCCACUGAGUGAGUUUGAAUUUUCCUGGAGUAAAAUCUCUGACAUCCAGUCACAGCUGGAGAAGCUGAUUGAGAAGAACUACUAUCUCCAUAAGUCGGCUCAAGAGGCCUACAAGUCCUACGUGAGGGCGUACGACUCCCACUCACUCAAACAGAUCUACAGUGUCAACACCCUCAACCUCCCCAUGGUGGCGCUCUCGUUUGGCUUCAAAGUUCCUCCAUACGUUGACCUCAAUGUCCACAGCAGUAAAGGAGCAAAGCUGCAGAAGCGAGGCGGCGGAGGCGGCUUUGGAUACCAGAAGUCCAAGAAUGUGCACAAAUCCAAAAUCUUUAAGCACGUCAACAAAGGAAGGAACGAUAAGAGGCAGUUCUCUCGCUGAGUACUUUCAGAGCAGACAUCAGUUCCUCCUGGAGCUUUUUUAUUACAUGAACUUCCUGUUUUUGAACGUGACUGUGCACUCUGUCAGACUCUGCUGUCUCCAUCUGACAGUGUUGAUCCAGUUUUCUUCCUACAAGUUGUCAAAGGGUUUUGUAAAUGUACAUGUUAAUGUUGAAUGCCCCUGACUUCCUUCUGUCCCUCUGAUAAACAAAAAUGCUCACAUUUCUCUAGUAUGUCUAACAAAUCGAAUCUUUAUUGAUAUUAAAGUAUACUUCAUCCAUA